AUGGCCACUGUUUUAGUCAGGGACCAGAAGUACCUCGAUGUAUCCGAGUCUGAGAUCCAUGUUGACUCGGUGCCACCACUUGGAGCGCCUGUAACUGAGAAGACUCAUCUGUUCCAACGGGGCAAGGGUUUUGAUGCAGAUGCAAUCGCUACCCAAGCCAGUGUUUUUGAUGAUCCUAAAACUGCCGAGCAAUAUCAGCCGCGAUCAGACUGGGAAAACAUCAGUCGCUUUGAUCCCCUUGCACGAUGGACCUGGGGGGAAGAAAAGCAAUUGGUCCGCAAAGUCGACAUCAAAAUUAUGAUCUGGGCAUGUACCAUGUUCAUGGCCCUGGAGUUGGACAGAGCCAACAUUUCCCAAGCCUUGACGGACAACCUCCUAGGCGACUUGGGCUUGACUACCAAUGACUUUAACCUCGGAAACACCGUAUUCAAGCUCUCGUUCCUCUGCGCCGAGCUGCCAUCGCAGCUUGUCUCUAAAUGGAUGGGUCCUGAUCGUUGGAUCCCGACCCAAAUGUGCCUCUGGAGUAUUGUUGCGGCAGCGCAGGUCUGGCUAUCAGGCCGCGAAUCAUUUCUCGCCUGUCGUGCACUUCUUGGAAUUCUACAAGGUGGCUUUAUCCCUGAUACCAUGAUGAGCGUCGCCGACAUCAUCUCGGCGCUUCUUGCGGCUGCCUUGUUGGAGAUGCGAGGUAUCAACGGUCACGCUGGUUGGCGAUGGCUGUUCCUCAUUGAGGGCCUCAUCACUCUGAUCUUCGGCCUCCUCGCCUAUGGUCUCAUGCCCCCGGGCCCAAUCCAAACUGCCAAUUGGUUCCGUGGAAGGACAGGCUGGUUCACUGAGAGAGAAGAAGUCAUCAUGGUCAACCGCAUCAUCCGCGAAGAUCCCACCAAGAGCACAAUGCACAACCGACAGCCCAUUACAUUCAAACUGUUGUUCCAGAGUCUUAGUGACUACGACCUUUGGCCAUUAUAUCUGCUUGGAUUGACCUUCCAGAUCCCUGCCACUCCAGAGGGGCAGUACCUGACUCUGUCGCUCAAGGGCCUCGGCUUCAACACGCUCCAGUCCAAUCUCUUGAGCAUUCCAUAUACUGUAUUUCAUAUCAUUACCAUGUUGAUCCUCACUUAUACAGCCGAGUAUGCGAAGAACCUGACUCUCAUGGGAAUAAUUGGUCAGAUUUGGAUCCUGCCUUGUCUUAUUUGGUUCAAUGUCGCCAAUACCCAGACAGCUAGCCGUUGGACUGUCUAUGCCGUCACCACUGUGCUGCUGUCCUAUCCAAAUGCCCAUCCUAUCCAGGUAGCUUGGAACUCUCGCAACUCGAAUAGCGUACGCUCUCGAACCGUAUCGGCCGCCUGUUACAACAUGUUUUGCCAGGCUGGCGGUAUUAUCGCUUCUAACAUCUACCGCAAGGAUGAUGCUCCUAAAUACCAUCGUGGUAAUCGACAGUUGCUUGCUAUUCUUAUCAUGAAUCUUGUCCUUUAUGUCCUGGUAAAGGUUUACUAUAUCCUCCGUAAUAAGUCACGCGAUAAGAAAUGGAAUGCUAUGACUGAGUCGGAGAGGUUGGAAUAUCUUGACACUACCAAAGAUGAAGGCAACAGAAGACUGGAUUUUAGAUUCGCUCAUUAA